ACAACUGAACAACAACAACGCCUUUAUUUUUCUGAAAACAAGCAAAGUGCAUUUACAUUCUUUAGUACUUCACGCAUAACGUUGAAUUAAAGCACGAGACUUCAAUUUGAUUGGUCAAAGUGGUCAAAGUGUUUGUGCUGUGUAAUUUUAAGCUCCCGAGCGUUUUGACUUUAAUCCGGCAAGGAAAGAUCCUUGAAUCAAGAAAAGAUCAGUUGAGGUCUUUAUCAAUCCGUGUCGUAUCAAGCGGUGGCGUCAUCGAAAAGGAAUUCGCUGAACUACGUAAAUAUGACGACGAAAUGCACGUUGGCGAGUUUGUGUCUUCUAAAGCCAUAGGCCAAUGGGCAAUUUUGACCUUGAUUACUAAUCUACAGCGCAAAAAGCGGUGAACAGCUUUGCGUUUGCCAGGAUUUAAAAUUGUUUCCAGUUUUUACUUUUAAUAUUUUAAAUUUUUCUGAGAUGAGAAGAUCAAUAAAAUGUCAACAAAUCAGUAAAAUCUUUCUUAUGUUUCUGUCUUCAAUAACAGUUAAUCACCCACGUACUGUGUGUCUCUUUAAUUUGAAUUGACGCAUGCGAUUAUUACUGUCAGGUGCUAAAUGGAACCUUCUUGGCGCCUUUUGUUUUCACUGGCAAGCUAAUAACAUGCGUUCUCCCCGAGGAACUAGUCAUAGGCUGAGUUCAUUAGUAAGUUUUGCAUAAUAGAAUAUGUAUUUGCUAUUCUCCAGGUUCUCGAAAAAUCGUGUGAAAAUCACAUGCACACCUGCAUGUUAUGUUCAAGGAGGAACUUGCUCUUUACUCAAAACGGCUGCCUGUGAAGUUGGAUUUUUUUUUCGUUACCGGUCAAUCGGUUUACAUUGUUUCGCACCAGAUUAACAACUUGUGAAGGAGUCUGUCUACAUUUUGCCCUUGUGCCUGCUCCACAUGAUGUGUUGAAAGGCGAGCAAUUUUCUCCAUCAACAUCAGAGGUGUCAAAACAGUUACAUAUUUGACUGUGAUGUGAACAUCAGGCACAAGGCUCACAAGAGCUCAGGUUGCUACGAGACCAGAGCUAAUAUAUGACAUUGUGGAAAAAAAUUUACAGCUGAAAAGAACCAGUAGGAACCUGCUGUCGUUUAAAUUUAGUAUAUAUUUGAAUUUUAUGGACAGGGACCUGAAGAAAGGAAAAAGCGAACAAGAAUUUCAUCGGAAACAAUUGCCGCCGGUAAUAUGACAUGACUGGUCGGCCUGAAUCAACUAACGAUGACACAAUAUUUAUUAUCAGUUCUUACAAUCGAAGGACUUUCUUCGAUAUUGUCGGCGAAUGGUACCGCAAUAUUUCCUUUUCGUUAAUGGCGGCGAAGCAGACGAUCUAAUAUCAGUCCCAUCAAGAAAAUAAGCUGGAAAAUUUCAGUUUCUUCGACGGAGCAUGGCCGGAACAGACGUAAACACCAACACCAGCGAGACUUUCAUUCAAUAUCUCCCGAUUGAGGCAGCAUUUCAAGCGACAUCGCUGAUUUUGAUAAUGUUGGUGGCAAUAGUGGCAAACACAAUGAAUAUUAUUGUAGUGUACAGAAAUUCCAACAUGCAGACCCCGCGGUAUAUGUUUAUUAUGAACCUGGCGUCCGCCGAUUUAGGAGUGACAUUAUUAUCAAUGCCAUUUUCGCUCGUGACCUGCAUUUCUCGUCGCUGGAUCAUGAGCGAUUCGUUUUGUACGCUUGAUGGCUUUCUGGGAUCGUUCUUCUUCUGUAUUUCGAUCUUCACACUGACAAUUAUGAGCAUCGAACAAUAUUACACGCUCGUCAAACCUCUCUCGCGUACAAUCACCAUUCGCCGGGCGUGGUAUAUGAUUGCCACAGUAUGGAUCUUCGCAACUCUUCUGUCUUUGGGCCCUGUCCUGGGCUGGGGACAUUUUGCGUACAAUUCGAGCACGUUAGCCUGUGGCGUCGCGUACCCUCGCACGACUUCAGAGCGACUUUAUCUCUUGUUCCUCGUCCUGGUCGCGUAUGUGAUUACAAUGUUGAUCAUGGCAUUUGCUUACAUUAGGAUUUUUUUCGCAGUUCGCAAGCACACAAACAGAAUUGCUAAGUAUACAAAAGGAGGUCUGGAAGUCAUGAAACUUCAACGCCGCAUAACAUACACACUGCUGCUUGUGUUGCUUGUGUUUGUACUUUGUUGGCUUCCUUUCGUGUUCCUCAUCGUGUUAGCAACGCGGAACACGGGUGUUGCCAACCUUCCUUACGGCCUCGGUGUUGCUGCCUACUGGUGCGGAUUUUUCAACUCGUCAAUAAACCCGAUUAUCUUUGUGAUCAGAAACGAUCGCUUCCGUGAAGGAUAUCGCGAUAUUCUCAGUGAAGUUUGGUACGGUUUGCAGUGCAAGCGACCUCCAAAGCUGACAAAGCCGCACUUCAAAAAGACCUGGUAUCUAACUAAGCGAACAGGAGCUGAAGGGGAAAAUGCUCAUGUCGUUUUACGAGCUAUUCCUUCGCUCACUCAUGUCCCGGAUAUCGAGUUAAUGUCAGACCAUGACAGUAAGGUGUGUUCUUUGAGUGAUUAUUUAGAGAUCCAGACAGAUGAGGAUAAUGAAGAAAACCAAGUUCUUAACGAGUCAAGUCCUCUAAUCAAUCUUGUCCAUAGUGAUGAACACGAAAGAACCGGAACGGUAUUCUCGUCAAUAUUCACACUUGUGUCAACCAUGGUUGGCGGAGGAAUCCUGUCAUUGCCAUUUGCAUUUCAGCAAGGAGGCUUUAUCAUGACGUCACUUAUCUUACUGGCUGUCUUGAUGGCUUCUACCCAUGGUGCAUUUUUAAUAAUAAACAGCAAGAGAUAUUGUCAGGGGAAAAUCAAGAAUGUUGAAGAUGUGGCCAAGAUUGCUUUUGGAAACAAGGGAAAGCACACGAGCGAACCUCUGUUUUUAUGGCUAGAAAUCAAAUUUUCAAAGUUCGACUUACCUUGA